CAUGCAAAACUUCUCUUUUCUUUCCCUUGACUCGUUCUUCCAGAUUUCCGGCCUCGAAGAAACCGUACAAAGGCUUGUGCAACGACAAGCUUGUCAACUUUCUCGGCAUGAAGCUCAAAGGACUGGAGGAAAUGUUCGAUGACGUGGUGGAAGGUUUCAAGCGCGGUGGCCAUCUCGACCCAAAAUAAGAAUGACAAGGCCUUCUCUUGGGUAACUAGCAGCGAUGGCGACGAUGCCAGAGCCUUUUUGCGUGGGUGAUCUUGUGCUGCUGAGUACCGAGGAGAUUGAUGCCACAAUCCAGCCUCCCAAGUUCGUUGGGCCGUAUAAGAUCCAGGAGUGCUUGUCCGAGGCAAGUUUUCGGAUCCAGGUGCCGGGCUCCAUGGGUGUCGAGGGUGUUUUCAGGUUGAGUAGCUUGAUCCGGUUUAGCAGUGGGAGAGGUCCGAGCCGAGAGACGACACCCUCGAGCGGGGUAGUGAAUUCGGCUUCUCUCGGUGGUGGAAAGCAGGCGGCUCCAAUCCAGGGAACGAAGAACAAGAAGGAGAAGACGCUGCUUGUCAUCGGGGACAAUGUGGGAAUUCCGAGGGACGAACACGAACACUCGAAGCAGGUUUCCUCGGAGCUUGAUCGGCAGGUUUCCGCGGGGACAGUCGAGAGAAGCCAGGAUUCGCGGCCAAAAACCAGGAAACUCCGGAAGAAGUACCAGAGCCCAACGCUUGCGGCUCCAACUCCGGAUGCUGCUGCGAGAGACGAAGAAGGAGAAGAAAGACCUCGAGGGAUUCAAACAAGCGUAAGCCGCGAGGAUGGCAGUGAGCAGCAAGUUUCGUCCGAGCUGGACGGAUCGAGAGCGUCCCAGCGGCGGCUCAAGCGACUGCGAAAGGUCGAGCGAACAGCAGUGUGCCGUGACAACCCGACGCAGAGCCAAGACAAGAUCAAACAAGAAGUUGGCCAAGCGGUAAACCAAGCUCUCAAAGCAGAGGAGGCGCAGUGCUCGACUGAUCCGUCCCGGAGAGGAGCCGACGAAGGAGAAGAAGAAGGGAAGAGAGGCACUGGCCACAACAGCAGCGGGGCUCCAGCAGAUCAAGCGGGAGCCGGAAGAAGCAGCAGAGACGAUGCAGGAAAGCAAAAGAUGCUCAAAGAGGAGGAGGAGACGCCCGAGGAUGGGACGAUGGUGGUCGUGGACGGGGAGCCCGAGUGGGAGGUGGAGUCGAUCCUGGAGGAUCGACUUGCGUGUGGUGGGCGGAGGGGUCGUGAGUAUCUGGUGAAGUGGAAGGGAUACAGUGUGCAGGAAUCGACAUGGGAGCCUCGCGCAAAUCUCACUCACGUCAGCCGGCUGCUCAAGGAGUUCAUCAACAGGAAGAAGAAGAAGAGUGCCGGCAGCGCUGUGAGAGAUUCUUAGAUCCCCCUGUUGCUUUUCUGACUUGGAAACAAGCCAAACAAAAGCAGCAAGUACACAUUUGUUUCUUUUUUCUUUUAUUCUCAUGCACAUCGACAUUAGUUCCGCCA